CAAGCUGUGGGCGCGUCGAAGGCUUUAUGAUACCCAAAUGACGGGAUGCAGUAACGACCAGUGAGCGAGCUUCAGCAGCGCAGCUACACACUUCUGGAGCACCAGCUGACACACAACUUUAAAAAACCCGGAGAAAAGAAACAGGCUGACAUGGGUAAUGGGAUAAAUAAGGUCCUGCCUCAUCUGUAUCUCGGAAAUAUCAAAGAUGCGCGAGACGGGCAGCUGCUGGCGCAGCACAACAUCACCCACAUCCUGUCCAUCCACGACACAGCUGCCCCCAUCCUGGAGGACAUGACGUACUUGUGUAUAUCUGCUGCUGACCACUCUAAGCAAAACCUGGUUCAGUACUUCAGAGACAGCAUCAUGUUUAUCCACGAGUCCCGGAUGAAAGGAGACGGAUGCCUCGUCCACUGUGUGGCAGGCGUGUCCCGCAGCGUGACUCUGGUGGUGGCCUACAUCAUGACGGUGACGGGCCGCGGCUGGGUGGAGGCUCUGGCGGCGGUGAGGGCGGCUCGGCCGUGCGCGGGGCCCAACCUGGGCUUCCUCCGGCAGCUGGAGGAGUUUGAAAACACAGAACUGACAGAAUAUCGGGCCUGGUGGAAGGACCGGUACGGGAAGAACUCGAUCAACGAUGAUGAGGAGGUGAAGAACCUUUUAACCCAGAAAUCCAGCAGCAGCAGCAGCAGCAAUGGUACCAUAACGACCAGCAUCUCUCCUGCCCUCGGUGCAGGGGGCACCUGAAGCAAUGUCUCCUAAAGGAAGAAGUAGCUGAGGGAGGGACGGGCUUCUAUCGGAACAUUGAACCCACCUGGACCAGACCGCCGUUGGCAAACCUGCAGAGAAAAGACGAACGCUCUGUAUCAAAACGAUAACUUAAAAUCAAGUUUGCAGAAACGGCAAAAAAAAAGUCAUGUGUGAGAGUGUGAGGGGGGGGAUUUUUUUUAUGUUGUCAUCUUAGUCCCCUUCGUCAUGUCAUGUCCUCUAACUGUCAAAACAACAUGCAAGGGCAGCCAAGCAUGACAUGCAGGAGGACAUGCAUAGGAAAUAUGUACAUUCAGUCCACAGCUUGAGCACAUUUAGCAGCAUUCACUCACGUUAUGAUGUGUCUUCUUCUUGAAAUGACUCUUUUCUUACAGUGUGCAAACAACGCAAUCAUCUGUCUUGCAGUAAAACUGCAUAUUUUUUUAAUCUAAUCACAGUUUUAUUCCUAAUGUAUUUUUUCUUUUGUAUUGUAAAAUAGAGUUUGUGGUUAAAUGAGAUUCUCAACUAUGCUAUUAUAAGAAUGAUUAAAGUAAAAAGCAAGUUUGUGGGAUUUAAUAAUGUACACAUGCGAAUUAGCAUUGAUUGAAUAAAACAUCAACAAGUUGAAUUCA